CAUUUUUUGGGUAGGUAUAUGCGUGCUUUGUCACACUUUCCUGAUAGUCACACUUUACUGAUAGUCACACUUUACUGAUGGUCAUACUUGCGGAAUCUGGAUUACUAUUCAAAGUUUCAGGACAAACUACCACCUAAAAGGCCUGAAAGCUACUAGACAGGUUGAUAUCAAGAUGGGGAUUGGGCAGUCUGUUACAAUAACACAACCAGAGGCAGACCACAAUGUAAAACAGGGCAAAAAAGAUGAAGCAAAUGGCCACGCCAUGUCUGGUUUGGAUUUGACCGACACUGUAACCUGUAAGGCAUCAGUGCAGCAGAACAUCGAACCUCCUCCUGUAACUGUCACGGUCAAGCCAACACCAGCAUCGGUAGAAGCUAACGACAUCCAAGUAAAAAUGCCAACUGUGUCCGUAGAAACAGCUGGUAAUAAAGUCAGUGCUGUAACUGUAUCAGCUGAGCAAAAAAAUCCACCAGCGUUGAGCACAACUGGUAAAGACACAUCUAAACAAGUGGGGACUCCUAACAUGUUCGACAAGAUGUUUAAAAAAAAGCCUGGGCCACUUUCUUCUGAAAUUGAGGCUAACGUGGCUGCUGAAGUGGCAAUCGUCCCUGAAGUACACCCUGAGAACCAGAAGUCUAAGCCAACACCAGCAUCAGUUGAAAUUAAUGGCAUCCAAGUAAAAGCUCCAGCUGUGUCUCUGGAAAAAUCAGGUUUCCAAUUGAAUGGUGUAACUGUAUCAGCAGAGUCCAUUACACCAGCCAAAGACACACCUAAACAAGCGGGGACUCCCAAUGUGUUUAAUAAGAUGUUUAAAAAGAAGUCGGGGCUACCUUCUCUUGAAACUGAGGCUAACGUGUCUGCUGAACUACAGACUGACAGCCAGAUACCUAAGCCAACACCAGCAUCAGUAGACAUUAAUGGCAUCCAAGUAAAAGCUCCAACUGUGUCUGUGGAAACAUCUGGUAUCCAAGUCAGUGGUGUAACUGUAUCAGCAAAGUCCAGUACACCAGCCAAAGACACACCUAAACAAGCAGGGACUCCAAACGUGUUUAAUAAGAUGUUUAAGAAGAAGUCUGGGCUACUGUCUCUUGAAACUGAGGCUAACGUGUCUGCUGAUCUACAGACCGACUGCCAGAUAUCUGUAAAAGCCAACACCAGCAUCAGUAGACAUUAA